AUGCCGACAAGAGAGACAGAGACAAAAGGAGAUGCUGAAUCUUCUGGCCCAAGAUCUGAAACAUAUGGACUGAGGCACCUAAAGCCGAGGGAUCGAGGGAGAAGAAAGUCCAAAGAUCGGCAGAGAUCCGGCCAAGAGAGCCCUGAGAGAGACGGGAGGACAGAGAGAAAACAAUAUGAGGGAAGAGACGGAGGUUCACUCAGGGUUUCCAAAACCAUUCACAGAAGACUCCUCAGCAGGAUCAACAAGCAGAUUACAAGACUACUUCACAAAUUAAGCAAUAAAAAGAUCAAACCAGAGGAUCAUGGGAGGCCGGGGCUAAACCAAGUCCAGCGGUACAUUCUUUUCUGCACGCUGAACUGUAAGCGGCUCGGUUAG